UGGGAUUCGUGAUGGGAGAGAGACUCCAUCGCCGAGUAAUAUCAUUCACUCCAGUGAAUGAACAUCUAGCCACAAUCCGCAUCAAAGCGAGGUUCUUCAACAUAUCGCUGAUUUGCGUCCACACCACGACGGAAGAGAAGGACGAUGUGACCAAAGAUGCCUUUUAUGAGCGCUUGGAGCGCACUUAUGGGAGCUGCCCCCGCCACGAUGUCAAAAUCGUGCUUGGUGGAUAAAGAAGGUAUCUUUGCCACUACGGUCGGUAAAUUCAUCCUCCACGAGGAAACAUCCCCAAAUGGGUUGAGGCUGAUCGAAUUCGAUCGGAGCCCGAAAUAUGGUUAUCUGUAGUACUAGAUUCCAGCAUAAGAAGAUCCAUCAAGCUACCUGGCUGUCUACGGAUCGAAAAACCACCAACCAGAUUGAUCAUGUUGUGAUAGACGAAAGACACCUCUUCAGUGUUUCAGAUGUGCGUGCGCACCAAGGUCCUAACAUCGGCUCGGAUCACUAUCUUGUUGCCGCCGAGAUUCGCACCCGCCUCUGUGCAGCAAAAAACGCACGCCAACAAACACAAGGAAGGUUCGACGAGCAUUUCCAGCUCUUGUAACGAUUUGGUUCAAUAAAUUUUAUUUAAUCAACUCAGUCCUAUUACUUUUCGGAAAAAAACCUGUAUUCUUUGCUAUUCUGUGUGGGAAUCUUUGGUAUUCGGGGAAUUGUUCGGCACCUAUUCAAAGCAGCGCCAAUGUAGCGCCAUUUCUCACCUAUCUUUGUGACGAUGAUUUAUUGAAGAGCGCGGUCAAUAAGAUGGAGUUCUUGAGCCUCAAACUAGAGAAUUAUAAUCUGCGUAUUCAAAGUGAAUUUGUGGCAAUGAAGGAGCAGCUUCUUCGUGAAGUAAAAACGAAUCUCGAAUUGUUAGAUUCGAAAAUUACAACGAAAUGUAAUGAAGAGAGCAAAAAUGUGGUUGCUGCGCCACCUGCAACCAAGAAAGCAGCAUCGUGUACCGAAGCGAUGCGUCAAGAAAACGGGAAAUAUGGAGAGAGUGGCGUUUAUGAACUUUAUCUGCCAGAAUUUCUUCAUCAUCCUUUCUAUGUUUAUUGCUUACGUGAUCCCGAUGGCGAUGAACCAUGGACCGUAAUUCAACGUCGUCAAAACAACGACACCGACUUCUAUCGUGGGUGGUUCGAGUAUGAACACGGUUUCGGCGAUUUGAAUGCCAAUUUCUUCCUCGGCUUGGAUAAAAUACAUGCAUUGACUCAUUCGCGAACUCAUGAGCUUUGGUUUCAAUUGGAGGAUUUUGAAAAUGAGAAACGUUUUGCCAAGUACGAUUUUUUCGCUAUAGGCAACGCUCAAGAUAAGUAUGAGUUAAUUGCGGUUGGAAAAUAUUCAGGCACGGCCGGUGAUUCGUUGUCUUAUCAUCUGGGGCAAAAAUUCACCACUAAAGAUAAGCACAACGACGAAGAUAGUGAUAACUGUGCAGUACGACAUAAGGCCGCUUGGUGGUAUAAGCAUUGUCUUGAGAGCAAUCUGAACGGUUUAUAUUUAGGAGGAGAAUAUCCAAAAAGUCAGGAAGGCAGAGGCGUAGUGUGGUAUCCCUGGCAUGGAAUUUAUUACUCCCUCAAAUAUGUACAUAUGGCUAUAAGACCAAAGUAUUAUCACUGAGUUGGUCGGUUGCUAUUGAAAAUCAUAGCCUCCAUAAGUGUUUAACAUUACUGACGUUAAAGCUGUAGAAACAAAUUUAACUUAGCAUACAGUUUUAUAAAACUUUGCAUAUUCUAUUAAGCAACAAAUAAUACAUUAUUUGAAAAAAAGA